AUGUCAACCUUUCUUUCUUGGGUUGCGGGCGCUUCGACUCCAAACAAUUCUGGAAGGUCAAUCGAUCUUUUCCUGACGCAGUUGGAAUCUAUGCCCAAGUUGCUUGACAAAAGACAAUCUGCUGCAGAUCUCGCUGAUGCGAUAAAGGAUGCUCCCGAUGCAGUUCCCUCUUCCGUAAUUCCUCGUCUGAUCUAUAUUCUCGGGAGUGGCGUCGAUGAUGAAGAGAUUUUGCAAAAAGUUUUGGACAUAUUGUGCUUUCUAACGGAAUUAAAGCAGAUUCCAAACAGUGAGACUCUUCUUAUUGAGAACGUUUCUACACUCCUCUGUGAAGAGUCGUAUGUCGAAAUCCUGUUGGGACUAUUUGACAGUCCGGAUGUGUGGACACGUAUCCAGGCGAUCCAGAUAUUAAAGAACUGCAUAGCUGUCAAUCAGAGUAUUGUUGAAAAAUCGAUCUUGGGAUGCUCGAUGGGACUGCAGAAACUUGUCGAUGUGCUCAACGACUCUCGAGAAGAAGUCCGAAACGAGAUGCUGCUUCUCCUCCGUUCCUUAACUCGACGAAAUCAAGAGAUUUGCAAGUUCAUCGCGUUCCAAGAUGGCUACGAUAUCUUGAUCCGGAUUUUGCAGUCUGAAACGGGCGUGGUGGCUCGCGACUGUCUCCAUGUGAUCUACAAUAUGGUGGCGAACAGUGUGCUGACGCUCAAGCUGUUUUCGCAGAAGAAACUGAUCAACGCCAUCAUCGACAUCCUCUCUGUGAGCGAAAAGAUCACUCCCCUGUCGUCUAUCCGAUCCACUCCUGUCAUCAAUGGAACGGAGGAUCUGAAUGACACCUCGUUCACCGUUCAUGAACCUGUUGGUGACCGAGUCAUUGAUCUAACACGAUAUGGCGAUUUGGAAAGUGUUAGUAAUGUCGAUAUUCAAUGCUACCAAUUUGCUGUUUGCGUACCUGGUUAUCGAGGGAGUUGA